AUGGCUUCAGCACCAUCCAGCUCAACAGAAAGCCCGCCUCCUCCGCCUCAACCGGCAUCCUCCCCUCCACCGGAGCCGUCCCCUUCCCCACCUCCGCCUGAAGCUUCCUCCCCUCCGCCCCCGUCGGAUCCCUCCCCACCUCCCCCUCCCACAGGAUCCCAGCCGCCUCCCAGCGGGAGCCCAAACAACCCUCCACCGCCUGCCGAUGAGCAAACCCCGCCGCCGCCCGCCGCCCCGUCCCCGGAAUCCAAUCGGACGCCAGUCGUGUCGCCGGCAACUCCAGGGGCGCCUUCCGGCCGAUCACCGCCAUCGCCAGCCAUCUCAGCACCUUCCCCACCAAGGCUAGAUAGCAAUAAUAAUGGAAGGCCCCCGAUGGGGCCAAGUCCUUCAGAGUCCACAAACGAUGUUGCCAUAAUUGCAGGGAUUAUAGGAGGUGGAAUAGUGUUUCUCGCGCUCAUUUUCGUCUGUACGUUGUGCAUCAGGAAGAAGAACAAGAAACGGGAGUUUUAUUUGGAGCAAGGUGGUGAUCAAUACUACAAAGGUCCAGUACAGAAAAAAGUGAGUCCGACCAUCGAUCCCCACAUGAAGAUUCCCCCGCCACCUGGCGCCUUGGGGACACCUGUUGGGGGGUGGGGCCAGCAUCUGGCAGGCAACAGUAGCAGUGAGUUCAGCCCGAGUAGCCACUCGGGCCACAACCCGUUCCAAUUGCAGGUUGCUGCAUCUCCUAACGUGGGAGGGUAUGGAGCCAAGAGCCCGUUCACUUACGACGAGCUUGCGGCUGCAACUGGUGGGUUCUCUCAGGCAAACCUACUGGGGCAGGGCGGGUUUGGGUACGUGCACAAGGGGAUUCUGCCCAAUGGAAAGGAAGUGGCUGUCAAGAGCCUUAAGUUGGGCAGCGGGCAAGGUGAGAGAGAGUUUCAGGCAGAGGUCGAAAUCAUCAGUCGUGUCCAUCAUCGCUAUCUUGUGUCCCUUGUUGGUUACUGCAUUGCUGGGGAACAGAGAAUGCUCGUCUAUGAGUUUGUGCCCAAUAAGACAUUGGAAUACCACCUUCAUGCAAAAGGGCAACCAGUCAUGGAUUGGGCUUCUAGGCUUCGAAUUGCGGUGGGAUCGGCGAAGGGGCUAGCUUACUUGCAUGAAGAUUGCCACCCUAGGAUUAUCCAUCGUGACAUUAAAGCAGCAAACAUUCUUCUUGACUCCAACUUCGAGGCCAAGGUGGCUGAUUUCGGAUUGGCCAAGCUCUCUUCUGACAAUUACACCCAUGUCUCAACACGUGUCAUGGGAACUUUUGGGUAUUUGGCACCCGAGUAUGCAGCUAGCGGCAAGCUAACUGAAAAAUCUGAUGUUUUCUCAUUUGGGGUCAUGCUGUUGGAACUAAUCACUGGACGUCGGCCAGUGGAUCCCUCAAAUAACGCCAUGGAUAGCUUAAGCUUAGUAGACUGGGCAAGACCACUUGCGACUAAAGGGUUGGAAAGCGGGGAUUACAGUGGACUAGUUGACCGACGCCUUGAAGAUAACUAUGUUCCUCACGAGAUGGCUCGUUUGAUUGCCUGUGCUGCCGCCUGCAUUCGCCAUUCUUCUAGAAGACGCCCACGCAUGAGCCAGAUUGUACGUGCGCUGGAUGGGGACUCAUCACUGGAGGAUUUGAACGAGGGCGUGAAACCAGGGCAGAGCCAGGCCUUCAACCCGAACGGGAGCAUAGCGAGCUACGACACAGGGGCCUACAAUGCUGACAUGAUGAAGUUCCGGAAGAUGGUGAUGACGAGCCAGGAGUUCAAUAGUACCGAGUAUGGAGCCACCAGCGAGUAUGGACUCAACCCCUCCUCCUCCUCGUCUGCUACUGACUCUGCAGAGCUUCAUUUACCGAGUCCCCGGAAGAAAAACUGA